AUGGUUGACUGUGACUGGUCAAAUCAAAUUAAACAAGAUGUAUCUGAUAAAUUAAAUCAGGAAAAUGGAGAACCUCAACAAAUGUUUAAAGUGCAAUUGAAUUGUCGUUCAGAUAAUACCACACUUUGUAAUUUUAUAAAUUUAGCUUUUGAAAGAGCUUCAAAGACAAUUUCUACAGUUCUAAAAAUUAAUACUCAAAUAGUUGUAAAUGCGACCAUAUAUAAUUUUUGUGAUGGAUAUACUCCUCAAACUUGCCCACCGGAUUUAGCAGCUAGAUUAGGUCAAGCAGGACCUACAAUGAUUUAUGCGUUGGAAGAUGACGAUGGUUUGGAAAGGUUAUAUCCGCAAGCGUUAGUUAAACAAUUUCAAUUUCCGAGAAAUCCCAAAUUUAAUGAAUUUGACAUUGAUGCCGAAUUCAAUACAAAAUUUCCACUUUGGUUUGAAGAGAGUGGACCUAUUCAACAAUUCGAAUACGAUUUUUUUUACGUUAUGAUUCAUGAACUUAUGCAUGGAUUAGGAUUUUUUUCAUUUUGGAUUCAGGCAUUUCCUGAUGUACCAGCUUUAAUUCCAGCAAUUGUACCUAAAUUCAGUGAAACGGUUAAUCCGAAGGAGAAAAUCCUUAACUCAGAUUUGAUAGUUAAAGAAUCUGCAUUAGAUAAAUCCAUGAUAUUUUUAUCAGAUGGUUCCCCAGUUUCCAGUGUUACAAAAUACCUAAGUGAUUUUAUGAUUAAAAACCCAGGGAGAAGUGAUCCUUUUGAAAAAUUUGGAGAUAAAGAAAUUAAAAUGCUGACAGAUAUGUAUACUCUUGCAAAUACUCCAAAAUCACUUGGAAUAUUACCAAGAGGUUCCAAAAACUUUGUUACUGAUGCCGUUAUUUUAGAAACUGCUAUUGAACCAUUUAUUCAAGGUUCUUCGAUAUCACAUGUGGAUCUUACAACUUAUCUAAAUACCAGUGAUUUCUUGAUGAUGUGGAAAGCAGUAAACGGAAAAACCAUAGAAGAUUUAAUUAAGGAUGGAGGAAAUUAUCCUGGUGGGGUAAUUGGUCCAAAACUUAAAUCAAUUUUGGAAACUAUAGGGUAUAGUUCAGAAGAGAAUCCGAAUCCAUACAAGCCCAAUGCAUUCAAAGAGAAUGCAAAAUCUUCCGCUAUAAAUCUAAGAUUUUCUUACGAAAUUAUUGUUAUCAAAGCGAAUUACGAAUUAUAA